AACACACCCGGGAAAGGCAUAUGCGAAGCGCCAUUGCGCGCGAUUGGCGCGACCUGGCCGGCUCCUGAGAAGACGCGUCGUAGCCAGGCUUUAUUAUUUCUUCACCCCACCAACAGUAGUAACCAUGCAGUGCUCAACAAUGCAGCAGCAGAAGCUGGCUGGUCGCCGUGAGGCCAAGGCCGCCGCGCAGAAGGCGUGCGCUGGCGUUCGCGUCGCAGGUGCUUCUGCCCGCGUGCCUGUGAGCACUGUGCGCCAGGCGACCUCCUCGGUGCGCGCUGCGAGCCGUGCUACCUCGGUGAAGGUCCAGGCGACUGCUACGGUUGAGAAGGCGACCGCUCCUGCUGGCUCGCUAAGCAGCAACGGUGCCGGCACGCGCGUCAUGAUCAUCGGUGGCGAUGGCUACUGCGGCUGGGCGACUGCUCUGCACCUGUCGGCGCGUGGCUACGAGGUGUGCAUCGUGGACAACCUGUGCCGCCGCCAGUUCGACCUGCAGCUAGGUCUGGACACCCUGACCCCCAUCGCCACCAUCCACGACCGCGUGCGUCGCUGGGGUGAGGUCUCGGGCAAGCACAUCUCCCUGCAGAUCGGCGACAUCUGCGACUGGGAGUUCCUGUCCCAGGCCUUCACCAGCUUCAAGCCCAACCAUGUGGUGCACUUCGGCGAGCAGCGCUCCGCCCCCUACUCCAUGAUUGACCGCCAGAAGGCCGUGUUCACGCAGCACAACAACGUGAUCGGCACCAUUAACGUGCUGUUCGCCAUCAAGGAGCUGCAACCCGACUGCCACAUGGUGAAGCUGGGCACGAUGGGCGAGUACGGCACCCCGAACAUCGACAUCGAGGAGGGCUACAUCACCAUCAACCACAACGGCCGCACCGACACCCUGCCCUACCCCAAGCAGGGCAACUCUUUCUACCACCUGUCCAAGAUCCACGACUCCACCAACAUGCUCUUCACCUGCAAGGCCUGGAAGAUCGCCGCGACCGACCUCAACCAGGGUGUGGUGUACGGUGUGCGCACGGACGAGACCAUGGCCGACCCGCUGCUGCUGAACCGCUACGACUAUGACGGCAUCUUCGGCACCGCGCUUAACCGCUUCGUGGUGCAGGCCGCCGUGGGCCACCCCCUGACCGUGUACGGCAAGGGCGGCCAGACCCGUGGCUUCCUGGACAUUCGCGACACCGUGCGCUGCAUCCAGCUGGCCAUCGACAACCCGGCGCCCAAGGGCGAGAUGCGCGUGUACAACCAGUUCACGGAGCAGUUCAGCGUCAACCAGCUGGCUGAGAUCGUGGAGCGCGAGGGCAAGAAGCUGGGCCUGAACGUUGAGGUCACCAAGGUGCCCAACCCGCGUGUGGAGCUGGAGGAGCACUACUACAACGCCAAGUGCACCAAGCUGAGGGACCUGGGCCUGCAGCCCCACCUGCUGGCCGACAGCAUGAUCGACUCGCUGCUGGAGUUCGCGGUGACGUACAAGGACCGCGUGCGCCACGAGCUGAUCAAGCCCGCCGUGGACUGGCGCAAGACUGGCGUCAAGGUGAACACCAUGGGCGCUGCGGUGGCCCGUUAAGAGGUGCCCGGAGUGCGCCCAGGCAUGUAGAUGUGGCGGAAGGCAGGGCGGAGUGGAGUCGCAUGUCAUGAACUAAGCACCGGUAGCACCGGCAGCGGGUCAGGCAUACGUUAGAAGGUCACAGUUGCGGCGCUUUUGUUGAGAGCGCCGCCACUGGGCUGUAUAGUUCCCAGGAAGACUCAGGCGCCGUUCGGGUGUGGAGCGGUGCGAAGCACGACGUGCAUUGACGUGUGAACAAACUACCCUGACAAUGGUUACACCGGUAGCGCUGUCGCGUGUGGCCGCGCUUGCUGGGGCUUCGGAACCCUUGCUAUGGGCGCGUGUGGUUUGGUCUGAGGCAACGUUAGGUCUUGUGGGGCGACGGCACCCACAGACACACGUCACACGGGGCACGACACAGGGCAGGGCCGCAUAUGCGUGUACCGUAUGCUUCACUCCAGGUGGUCCAAGCUGAUUGAGGUUGGGGUCUUGGGGAGCACGUAGCAUUGAAUGCGUUACAUACAGGAUCCGCCUGGCAGGCUGCGAAUCGCGCCUGGCAGGCUGGGGAUCGCUCCUUCUUUUCUUGGGGAGUGGUAGGCGAAAAGCCGCGCUCGGCGCGCCUGACGAUAGAGAUCGCGACCAGGCACCAGGCGAGGAGGUAGUAAUGAUGUAACAAGGACGUGGC